AUGAAUCACUCCUUACAGAAGCCUCAGCCCAUGGAGGGCGCGCCCGUGCUGCCGGGCGGCUCUCUCGCGGGGGCGGCGGCGGGAGACGACGCCUCGCUGGCGGGCACUCGGGGGGAGCUGCUGCGGCGCCUCUCUGACCACGAGGAGCUGCUGCAGCGGCUGGCGGCACAGCAGCUCGUGCUCGAGCGCGUGGAUCGCAAGGUGGAGCGGAUCCUACAAGAGUUCGGGAGGCGGGGGCUCAGCCCCGCGCCUCAGCACCAGUGCUGCGUCGCGGACCGCACUCUCUGGGCCGAGGCCGACGCCGCACUGGGCGUCCUCCGGACCGAGCCAGCCACGCAGCCGAAGCUCGACCAGGCGAGUGUCACCCCACCAGGGCUGCAGGCCCGGAGCCCCAGGGAGGGCCUGCAGGACCCAGCCGAGCCGGUCAUGCACCCGCAGGUCGACCAGCCGAGUGUCCCCCCACCCGCGCGGGAGGAUUGGGGCCACAAGGAACGCCUGCAGGAGCUGCCGCGUCGGAGCUCCUGGUCUGCUGCAUCGACAGAGCUGUCUGCUCAGACAUUAAACAAGCUGCCCAGCGACCGAGGGCUUCUCGGGAGGGCCACGGGCAGCCAGGCAUUCGAUGGGCUGUGCGCAUUCGUGAUCCUGCUCAACGCCGUUGCCCUCGGUCUGGAGGUGAACUUCGAGAUGGUGGACGCUCUCGAUGAACCUGGGAGCGAUUCCGAGUGGAAUCCUCCUGUGUGGCUGCGCGUUCUACAACUGUCAUUUAUCGCGUUCUACAUGUUGGAGCUGUCCCUGAGGUUUGCUGCGAACAGGAGUCAGUUUUUUCGAGGAGUCGAUAGGCAUUGGAAUAUGAUGGAUUCUUUACUUGUGGUCACGGCAGUAUACGAGGAGGUUUCUAAGUCUGCCUCGGUAGAAACUGGUGCAAACGACCUGUCAUUCUUGCGACUCUUGCGACUCCUGAAGAUGCUGAAGAUGUUCAGGGUAUUUCGUCUGCUGCGCUUCUUUCGCGACAUCCGAACCAUGUUGGCAACGUUGAUGGGAUCCUUUAUGGCCCUGUUCUGGGCCUGCAUCAUGCUGGCAGUCAUCCAGUACGCACUCGCACUUGUGUUCCUGCAGGGUCUAUCGACAUAUGUGCGUGAAACGCCGCUCGACGAGAUGGGCCCAAAGACCAUCAACAAUAUUGCGACACAGUGGAAUUCAAUUACAGAGGCAAUGCUCACAUUGUACAAGGCGACCUGUGGUGGCAAAGAUUGGGCUGACCUUUCGGACCCUAUCCGUGAAGCGAGCUCCUCGAACUUUUACGUGUACUACAUCUUGUUCUUACUAUACAUUGCGUUCUUCAUUGUAUCGGUCAUGAAUGUGCUCACUGGAAUGUUCGUAGAUAGUGCAUCCAAAAUCAGGGACAAGGACAAUGAAGACAUGAUCGAUCUUGUCAUUGAGGACUCUCGUUCCACGAUCGGGCGGUUCAAAGAGUUCGUGCUGGACAAGAUGGCCGACCGUGGCGCUCCCGACGGGCAAGGCUUCUCCUGGGACGUGAUCCAAAGGUUCCGCAACUCAGUACCGGUCAAGGAGCUGCUCCGCUCUCUGCAGCUCGAGCUCCCGGAGGCCCGGAACAUCUUCAAGGUGUUGCAGAUGGAGACCGGCGACUACCUCGAGGAUACCGUCGACGUCGACGAGUUCAUACACCUGUGCGAGGCCAAGCUGAAGGACUCCAACAUCGUCCUGGCCACCGUGGCCUACGAGUGCAAGCAGCUCAACAUGAAGGUGCACCGCCUGGCGUGCGCCGCGCAGGCCGGCGCCCGCGCCCGCGGGGCCGCGCCGAAGCCGCGCUAG